AUGUUGUACCAAAGAAUCAAUAAUCAACCAAAAGGUUAUAAAAACUCCAUAUUCCACAGAGUAAUCAAAGAAUUUAUGAUUUAAGGUGGAGAUUUUCUGAAUAAGGAUGGUACAGGAUCUAUGUGCAUUUAUGAUUCUGAAUAAUUUGCUGAUGAAAAUUUUGAGCUAAAGCAUGAUAGACCAGGUCUUCUUUCAAUGGCUAAUUCUGGACCAAAUACUAAUGGUUCAUAAUUCUUCAUUACUUGUGGGCAAUCUGAAUGGCUAGAUGGCAAGCACGUAGUAUUUGGGAGAGUGGUUGAUAGUGCAAGCAUGCUAACAGUUAGAAAAAUAGAGAAUGUCUCAGUCGGUGCAAGUAAUAAACCAAAGUAUGAUGUUAUUGUGACUGAGUGUGGAGAAUUAUGA